UCUACAUUACUACUACUAAAACCCCGAACGGCGUCGUCGUUUUCUCCUUCCCCCCGAAAGCCCUUUACGGUGCAGACUGCAAAUUCUAGCGUCCUUAAACCCCUUCCCUUUGCCUUCCUCUCUUUCCAUUUGCACCCAAAAACGCCUUAACGAUGUCGUUUUCAAGAGGUCGCAUGGCUUCAUCAAUCCUCCUCGGCAGCCUCCGCUGCCAGACGAAGCCCGCCAACAGCCACGCCUUCUUUUCUUCAAGUGCAAUCGAAACCGUGACUAGGAAGCCGCCGGCUAGGGUUCCCCAACCGAUGAUGAUGAACGAUAUGUUUACGCUGGAUAUCAGCUCUCAAGUCGGAUCGUGUAUGCCUCUGUCGAUGAUGCGGAUCGGGACCCUGAUCCAUAACGUCGAGAUGCGACUCGGUCAAGGCGCCAAGCUCGUCCGAGCUGCCGGCACUGUUGCUAAGAUUUUAACGGAGCCAAACACAACGUCGUCUAGGUUUUGUGAGAUAAAAUUACCGUCGGGGAGAAAGAAGAGUAUAGACACAAGGUGUAGGGCAACAAUCGGACAGGUAUCGAAUCCAGAGCAUGGGAAGAAGAAGUUACGGAAGGCUGGGCAGAGCAGGUGGCUGGGAAGGAGGCCAAAGGUGAGAGGUGUGGCAAUGAAUCCGGUUGAUCAUCCGCAUGGAGGCGGUGAAGGGAAAAGUAAGAGUAGUGGGAGUCAUGGACGUGGUUCACGUACACCAUGGGGGAAGCCCACUAAGUGUGGCUACAAAACUGGGCCACUCAAGAGGAGAAAGUAGCAGAUUUUCUGUAGUUUCUCAUUCACAGCUGAGGUGUAACAAACUAUGUAUAUUGUAGCUGAAAAUUCAUUUUCGCUGGAAGUGGCAAUAGUAUUCAACAAGUGUUUUCUUUUACUCUUUUAUAGUUUGGGUGUUUUGAAGUUAUACACUUUCUCACUGACCUGAGUUCUGCUUUGCUUCCAAUUAAUCUGAAUUUUGUGGUGCUUGUUUUG